GGAGCGGCACGGUAAUCACGUGACUGACAACGCUUCGGGUAGCUCCAACUGGUUUCCGUUAUAUUUGGGAAGGAUGAUGUAGCUGGCCUGGGGUAGGAUUUCUUUUUUUAAUCAAAAAGCUGAUGUUAACAAAAGAAAAAUACACGGACAGGAAGUAAAACUAUGAAAAGAAGAAGGAUGCUGAAAUAGUCGUAGGUUUACAAACCAUGGCUAUUAGGGAACUGAAAGUAUGUCUUCUUGGGGACACAGGGGUUGGGAAGUCAAGUAUUGUGUGUCGUUUUGUACAGGACCAUUUCGACCACAACAUAAGUCCAACAAUAGGUGCAUCAUUUUUAACCAAGACCGUUCCGUGUGGAAAUGAACUACACAAAUUCUUGAUCUGGGACACAGCGGGGCAAGAGAGGUUCCACUCAUUGGCCCCAAUGUACUACAGAGGGUCAGCUGCCGCUGUCAUUGUUUAUGACAUCACCAAACUGGACUCCUUCCAGACACUGAAGAAAUGGGUGAAGGAGCUGAAGGAGCAUGGGCCUGAGGAUAUUGUGGUGGCCAUCGCUGGAAACAAGAACGACCUGGGGGACAUCAGGGAGGUUCCCAUGAAGGAGGCAAAGGAAUUUGCGGAGUCCAUCGCAGCCAUUUUUGUGGAAACCAGCGCUAGGAACGCAGUCAACGUUGAGGAACUCUUCCAGAAAAUCAGCAGGCAGAUCCCGCCGUUGGGUCCUCAGGACACUGAGGGCGGGGAGGCCUUCAAGCUAACCCGGCAGCCUCCUCCUCCGGUGAAGAGGUGCUGCUAGUGGGAGGGGAGCUCGGCGGAGGGGCCUGUGCAGCAAUUUGCGACAGACAGCGCAGAUCUCGGCGUCAUUUAGGAUCUUUGACACCGCUAUCCGCCACAGCGCCCCCCCAAUCCGCCAUCACUGGAGCGAGGAGUCUGAGAAAACACGGGUUCAGGUCGGAAUAUCGGUAAACGUAACAGGCAACACUUCCACGGUAAUAAAUAAAUACAUAAAUAAAUAAGUAAAACUUGAUGCAGCGUAAAUGCUGUGUUCAGGGACAAAAUUCAAAGCAAGGUGGUAGCUUACUACAAGGGUUAAGUGAUUUUUGAAUUGGUAAAACAUGACCUCAGGACUCCACUGGUGGCUGUUAAAUGCAGUUUGGAGUGGAUGUCUUCAGAAGUCCUGAUAAUUACACACAAACUUAAGUACCAGGUGUUUUUCACACAGACCUACCAGACCUGAGGCAAACUGAUAAAGAAGUCAACUCAAACAUAUGUAAGUCAUGGUGCUCUUGUAUAUAGCAUUGUGGGUGCUUACAUAUAUAAGUCUUGGUGUUGUGGCCUUAGCCUAGUUAGCUAAACCAGCACAGUACAGUUUGUAAGUUCUGUAGACAAAAGUGUUUUGAAACUCUUUCUAAAUACAUUUUAAAAUACACUGACAGCUGUUUGAUAAUUGCAGAAUUACACAUUAUACAGUUGCAAAUCCAUAUGAAAAGGAAUAUAUACAGAUUUUUCUUCUGUACAUUCACAAGUGUAAAUUAACCACAUGUGAACAUUGUUUGAAAACUUUUCUGGUCACCUGAUGGACUCCCAAACACCUCUGGGGUUGAACUCUGUGUUUAACUGUUGCAGCAUUUGUGAUUUGUCUUGUGAGUGGAGCGCUGGUGUGACACUGUAUGGCCCAAUCACAGGACAAAAGGCAAAAAUGCUGCAACCCCUAUUGGUUGUGUUUCACAAAUGUCUACUUAAUUCACCCUUGCAAUAAGGAGUUCCAUUAAAUUCAGUUAGGCUCAGAGUUAGCUUGCAGUUUGAUUGCCGAAUUAUCUGCAAACUAUGCAGUGGUCUGCACAAAUAAUUAUUAGCCUUUGUAUGAGUAAGCAAUAGCAUCUGAUGUAAUCUUAGAAUGGCCAUGAAACGUUUUUCUCCUGUAGUUUUAAGUACAAUACUUAAAAUAAGCAUUAAGCAUUAUUUGAACAUGAUAUUAUCAACCAUUGUUAAAAUCAGAACCCAUUUAUGAAAUCAUUUAUGAUAUAUUCCAGAAUUACAGGAAUGUGUGCUCAUGCAGUUACUGACAUUACUGACUGCAGCCUUCAGAGGCCUUAGUCCUGUAUCCAUUCACUCAUUUGUUAGACAGCAAGUACGAUGUUAAUGAAACACAUUUAGCAUGUGUCGGAUCACAUCAAACAGGCACUUGUUUCUGUGUUCCUAACUCACGUCCUUGCAGAGCACAGCACGCGUUAUAUAGGUUGUCUCUAAGUGCGUUCUGUGGAAUUAUGGACCGGUAUGUAAAGAUCAGUGGUUUAGGGCAAAAUGAGUCCAAAUCACAGAGUCUGUAUUCGUGUGUGUUUGACAGUAGCUCCAAUCAUUCAAGAACAGGGGGGUGGCACAAGCACCACCCUGCAAACCUCUGUAGAACUGUAAUGGUAUUUACAUGCCGAUCAGGACACUUCUUAAACAAAGUGCUAAGUUAAGUAGUGGAAGUCUUACGCUUAUAAAAUAUAUGUAUAGCACAUGUAUAAUUCAUAUGUGUAAGAGAUAGUCAUGCUGUGUUGUGCGUUCUUCUGAAUGAGUGGGAAACACUCUUCCAGCCAGUGAUGUCAUUUAUGCCCAGUAGUGUAACCUAUUAUUGUGGCAUCCCCCCUGCUAAUGGUGGGAAUUUACAGUGUUUUCUCUGGGGAGGGAGCUUAGCCUUUGGGAAAAAUGUUGCAGUCAGGUUGAAGAGAGCCCCCUGCUGGCAGGAUUCCUCAGUUCAAGACAAAAGCCCACAGCCAGCAUUCUGAUUCAUUCUGAUGGUGUUAAUACUUAUGUUUACAGUUUUAGAGGAAUGGUAUUCGCUCAGCCGUGGCUCAUUUGUCGUAGUAUUUUUUGAGAAUUAAAUCUUAAAGCACUUUUCCUAACAAGAAAUGAAAGGUGACUCCUCCUUUAAAUUUCUUGUUUAAAGAAUAGUAUAAAUAGAGCCCAGUUGUUGCAGGAACUCUCAGCCCUUGGAUUAGCACAUUGUAUAGAUAAAACAGGUAUAGUUUUGACCGUUGUGUUAGCUACAGAGAGGAGGAUGCUGCACCGGUUGUAAUCCAUGCUGCAGUCUCUUUCUCUGUCAAGGCCUGGCACAUGAUUGGAGAUGUUGAGAUUAUUUUUGUCUAUAAAGUCAAGUCAACUACUGUGCCUUUAACCCCACUCAUUACUCAUACCAACUAUUUUGUGGUACAAGAUGUAUGUCCAUUUAUGAUUGAUCCACUAUGCUGUGUACCUACUUAUUUGUCAUCUAUUAUGUUUUAUGCACACUAAUUUGUGAUAUAUUAUGUUAUAUAUCCACUAAGUCGUGAUCUGUUAUGCUGUAUACCAAUUUUUUUGUGAUCUGUUGUGCCUCAUGUCACCACAUUUGACCUCUUUGAAUGAAAAUACAAGUGGUUUCAAACAGAUGAGAAGAGAAAAUGGCAGUUUAAACAUUCUUGCACAUAUGCAGUGGAACAGAAGGAGUAAAAACAUAAUCACAAUCAAUCAGCACUUGUGAAUUAAUCCGUCUAGAGGAGAAGUUGUGAAGCAGCGCUGCCACCUAUGUGCGGUUUUAGUCAUUGUUGUCAUGCACUGAACACAACACCGUUGAGUGAGCUGGAGAGUGAGCGUUCUGCGGAUCUCAAGGCCCGGGUUUGAGCCGGUUCUGACUGCUUUAACAUCUCCUGUUGGUUCACACGCAUACCGUUGCUUCACCAAACAGACUCCAGUUUUUUUUACCAGAUGAAAAGGUGCUCUUCCUUCCUGCAUGUAAAAUGUUAUCUGCUUUGUAGCUCUGUGCCUGUCUGCUUAUUUGUGAGCGCCCCUGUUAUGCAGGCUUGUGGGCUGCAUUCACAUGGUUUUUUUUAAUGCAUUUAGGGCUCUUCUGAGGAACAGGUAGCUCAAAGGAAUAGGUCUCUUUCUCAGGUCCCUUCAUCUCUAUGGAAACCCUGAUGUAAGAUCUUUUGACAAUAGGUCUGAAAUUCCAGAGUUUGCAUGGCUUAAGAUAUGACAGAUAACCUGAAAAUGUAUUCAUGUUAUGAUGUAUAGAAUACCCAGAAAGCAUUUUUGAAUUUAAAGCAGAUUGGAAAUUUUGUAUGGAAUUUACAAUGAAGUGCCAUAAAAAUACUUUGUUACAUUUGUCCAUUUUGCCAUGCAUGUUUUCCUGUCUGCAUUGAGGAUCGAUAUGGUGGACUUGUGAUCAUGCUGCACAUGUGUUCAUGUCAGUAAAAAAAGUGCCAAUACACACAUUUUAUCUUGUGCAUUAGUAACUUUAAUCACCUUUUUGUAAUCUAUGCCGACCAGGUUAAGGUUUUACAUUAAUCUAUGUGGUAAUAAACUUGUAA